UAGAGAAAAUUAUAAUAUAAAAGAGAUCAAAUAUGUUGGGCAAAAUAAGGGAAUGGCUGAGAAUUUUGGUGGUGUUGGCUCUCUUGUGGCCUGUGUUAGUACAGUGCACAGGCAAUAUCCGUCAUUAUAAGUUCAAUGUGAUGAUGAGAAAUAUAACAAGAGUAUGCUCAACUAAGCCUACUGUAACAGUGAAUGGCAAAUUUCCUGGUCCAACUAUUUAUGCUAGGGAAGAUGAUACACUACUUAUCAAAGUCGUCAACCAAGUUCACUAUAAUCUCACCGUCCACUGGCAUGGUGUGAAACAAAUCCGAACGUGUUGGUCCGAUGGGCCGGCGUAUAUAGCGCAAUGUCCAAUACAGCCAGGAAAAAGCUAUGUAUACAAUUUUACAGUGACAGAUCAAAGAGGAACACUGUUUUGGCAUGCACACAUACUCUGGCUCAGGGCCACUGUCCAUGGUGCUAUUGUUAUCCUCCCUACGCUUGACUUGCCCUACCCCUUCUCAAAGCCCCAAAAGGAAGUUGUCAUCAUUUUAGGUGAAUGGUGGAAGUCAGAUGUUGAAGCUGUAAUUGAUGAAGCAACACAAUCAGGUUUGCCACCUAAUAUUUCUGAUGCUCACACCAUCAAUGGCCUUCCUGGUCCUGUCUCUACCUGCUUAUCACAAGAAAGAUUCAAUUUCCUCGUUGAGCCGGGCAAGAAAUACCUACUGAGAAUCAUCAAUGCUGCACUGAAUGAAGAACUUUUCUUCAAGAUUGCUGGCCACAACCUCACUGUGGUAGAAGUAGAUGCUGCCUACGUUAAACCCUUUGAAACUGAGACAAUUUUAACAGCUCCAGGACAAACUACAAAUGUCAUACUAUCAGCAAAUCAUAAAAGUGGAAAAUACUUAAUGGUAACAUCACCCUACAUGGAUUCUCCAUUAAUCUUAGUGAACAACAAGACAGCAACUGCAACUUUGCAGUACAUAAGCACAAACGUCUCUUCCACCACAUUCACCGUGCCACCCCAUAGAAACGCCACCUCUAUCGCGAGAAAAUUCAUGGACUCUCUCAGAAGCUUGAAUUCGAAAAAGUAUCCAGCAAAAGUCCCAAUGAAAAUUGAUCAUUCCCUAUUUUUCAUCAUUAGUCUUGGACUCAACCCUUGUGCAUCAUGUUACAAGGGAUUUCGAAUUGUGGCAGCUAUCAAUAAUGUUACAUUUGUUAUGCCAAGUGUGUCACUACUUAAUGCACAUUUUAAUAACAGAAGUGGAGCGUUUACUGAUGAUUUCCCUGGGUUUCCACAAUAUGCCUUUGAUUACACUGGAAUUCCACCAGAAAAUUUGAGGACAAUGGAAGGGACUAAGCUUUAUAGACUUGAAUAUAAUUCUAGUGUCCAAUUAAUAUUGCAAGAUACAGGAUUGUUGAGCCCUGAAAAUCAUCCAAUGCAUUUACAUGGCUUCAAUUUUUUUGUUGUUGGAAGAGGCAAAGGAAAUUUUAAUCCAAAAGUAGACCCUAAAAACUUCAACCUUGUUGAUCCUGUUGAGAGGAACACUAUAAAUGCCCCUUCUGGUGGUUGGGUUGCUAUCAGGUUCCGAGCAAAUAAUCCAGGGGUUUGGUUUUUACAUUGCCAUUUGGAGGUGCACACAACAUGGGGACUUAAGAUGGCAUUUGUGGUGGAUAAUGGAAAUGGCCCAAAUGAAUCUCUUUUACCCCCUCCCAAUGAUCUACCAAAAUGUUAAAAGAUUUCCUAUCAUUUAUGUGUGUAUAUUUUUCAUAGUAAAUUCACUGGUUGAGUUGUUUGAGCAGGCCAAAAGAGCUGCUAUGAGUAAACAGUUUGUUUAUUUAAAAUGAAAAGGUUUCAAAGUCAUAAGGGAUGAGUUUGUAUCAUAUGAACUUAUAUUUUAUGCUAGUGCUUUGUGUGGAUAUGUAAAUUGUAAACUAUUUUUGAGCAA